GUACGAUGGGAACAUGGCGGACUAGUUGCUGAAAUUUUGGUAAAGUAAAGUUUACGAAACAUGGCCCUUCGUCCCGCAAAAUGUGAUGAAAAAUCAGUAGUAAUUUCUAGAUUAUCAGGUAAGCAUUUCGAUCCACUCUUUUUACUCAAUAAUGGUAGUCACUUUUUGGGACUCAUGCAGCCUAUUAAACGCUUAUUAUGUUCCAUUUGUAUAGGUAAUAGCAUGAUUUGUAGUGAUAUUUGGCAUAAAUACCACAAGUGAUAUUUCAAAAUUGUUACACGUAAUUUCACGAGCCGUCAGGCGAGUGAAAUUUGAGACAAUUUUGAAAUAUCACGAGUGGUAUUUAUGCCAAAUAUUAUGUACAAAUCAUGCUAUUAUUUGUUUAUACUACUACCUGCAAAAGGUUUGUAAUUUUCACAUGUAGGUAUUUCAAAUUAAGUUGAAAUAACACUGCUCUAAGCCAAUCAAAUUGCAGAAAUUUCCAAUGUAGUAGUAUAAUCAAGUUAAUAUUAACAGGAAAUGGCAACUUUGAAACCUCUUAUCCCUAGAUUAAUUGACUAUAAUGAAUCUCUGGUCCUUACUCUGAAGCUGCAUUAAAAAAAUACUAGAUUGAUUUGCAAAUUAGCAGCAGAACCAGUUGAACCAACAACUGUAGAGAAGAAAGAAUAAGAAAGGCUAACAGACGCCUUAACUUAAUACAGGGUUGUCAAAGAGAUUUUAACUAGCAGGAGAAUAAGAGAAAGUAGCCGGUAUGUGUUUCCCGGCGAGGCCGCUAGGCAAAGACAUAUCACUAUUGCAGUGAUGCCAACUCUCCCGCUUUUGCCGGGAGACUUACGCUUUUUUGCCGCGUCUCCCGCUCUCCCGCUUUGGUACAUAAAUCUCCCGCUUUUUAUGUCCACUAUAAAUAUUGAAUACCUAGUAAAAGAUAAAACAGACGUAGUUUGAGAUUUAGCCCAUUUUUAGCUCAAAACUUGAAUUUUUCUUAUUCGCAGUACAGUUUCUGGGGCAUUUUUGCUCGUAUUUAGUCAUUGACAAAGAUUAUUUCUAGCAUCAAAACGAUGAUUUCGAAUUUUAAUAGUAUGUACAUCAUGUAAGACAUCAUAUAAUGUCCUAAGUCAUUCUUAUGAGGGGCUGGGUCAAUUUUUCAGGGGCGGGGUCGUUGAAAUUCCGGGAGGGAUAGUGAAAAAAAGACAGUCUCCCGAUUUUAGGUCUCCAGAGGUUGGCAUCUCUGCUGUUGAUAUAAACAGUUCAAUCCAGGUUAGUGGCAGCUGUCAAACAUGAUAGCAUCGAUACUGCGUCUAAAUUACUAAGGGAAACUUUGGUGGAAGCAUGCAACGAAAAAUGCACCACGCAGUUGAUAGCAUCUUCACAUUAAAAGCGCUUAUUGACAAGUACGUGAAGUCUAAGUCACAAAAGCACUGAAAUUUACUCUUUUCAUGCUUCGUCGACUUUAGAAACGCCUUUGACUGUAUACCGCAACAGAAACUAUUCGACAAACUGAGAAAAGAAGGUGUCCAGGGACAUUUCCUGGAUGUUUUAAUAUCAAUCUACUCAAAUGACACAUCAGCAGUUAACAUUGAGAAGAAAUUUCGCCAAUCCUUUACUUGUAAAGGAAAGGUUGCAUGUUCUCACCUACUCUUUUUAACUUCUGUAGUUAGGACAACACAUAUAACUAUGGAUAUGUGUUUCACAGAUAGGGGAACACAUAAAACCAGGAAUAUGUGUUUUCCAGGUUGGGGAAAAAAUAACACUAGCGAUAUCUGUUUCCCGAAAAGAGGAAUACAUAACACUAUGGAUAUGUGUUUCCCAGGUGGGGGAACACAUAUCACUAAGGGUAUGUGCUUCCCACGUAGGGAAAUCACUAGGGAUAUGUGUUUCCCACAUAAGGGAACACAUAUCACUAGGAAUACAUGUUUCCCAGGUGGGGGAACACACAUCACUAGGGGUAUGUGUUUCCCAGGUAGGGGAACACAUAUCACUAGGGAUAUGUGUUUCCCAGGUAGGGGAACACAUAUCACUAGGGAUAUGUGUUUCCCAGGUGGGGGAACACAUAUCACUAGGGAUAUGUGUUUCCUAGGUGGGGGAACCCAUAUCACUAAUGGGUAUGUGUUUCCCAGGUGGGGGAACACAUAUUACUAGGGAUAUGUGUUUCCCAGCUGAGGGAACACAUAUUACUAGGAAUAUGUGUUUUCCAGGUGGGGGAACACAUAUCACUAGGGAUAUGUGUUUCCCAGGUGGGGGAAAACAUAUCACUGGGGAUAUGUGUUUCCCAGGUAGGGGAACACAUAUCACUAGGGAUAUGUGUUUCCCAGGUGGGGGAACACAUAUCACUAGGGAUAUGUGUUUCCCAGGUGGGGGAACACAUAUCACUAGGGAUAUGUGUUUCCUAGGUGGGGGAACACAUAUCACUAAUGGGUAUGUGUUUCCCUACCUGGGACCUUCGGCUAAUUCAUAUCCACUCAAAUUACGGAAAGUAUUUCUAUGUAUACCUGGGAAUGCUAAUGAAUUUGUUUUUACUGUUAUUUUUGUUGGGUCACCAUAGGUCCCCUGAACUCCCUUUGGGAGAUAGUCUCCUUCUGUUUUGGAGUGUUGAAAAAUCUGUUGAUUACUUACAUACACUUAUGACUUUAUUUGUAAUAACUCUGGUGCAUUCUGUGUGAUUGUUUUAGCACCAUCCUCCCUUAGAAUAGAGCCAGUUGGUAGAUGGUUUGAAGCAAACCUUCAGCGACGUCAGCAUGGUCUUUCAUCUCAUCACUCAAGUUCCAGUUCAAGUUCAAGUGCAAGUUCUGAAGUAAAUCUCUCAUCUGAUGAAGAGGAUCCUAACUUUCUACUUACUCUUGAUCCUUCAGAAUGGAAGGUAGAGUUUAUGUAUUCUGUAUAACUAUUAUUAUGUAGCGGUCAAUUCCAAAACCGCCCAUCCUCCCCCUCUCCCCGUGCACACCCCAGCCAUUUGACCACAGUUUUGCCCAUACAGUGGGGAAUUUGACCCAAAAUGAGGCCUGCCCAGACGGUCAUUUGACCCCUUUCAUGUCAAAAUGCUGGUCAGCGUCGCAAGUGAAAGGAUUUUGUAAUUCUUACUGCAUUCAGUAUGAGCAUGGUGUUUACAGCUCUUUACUCCUAUAUUCGCUGGUUUGUUGGAGCUUUGAGAACCUUUGAAAAAGCCCGUAAAUGUGGGCUUUCUGGAAUGACAAAUUUUAUUGUAAAUGAACAAACCUCCAUAAGACAGCUUUUUGAGACUGCGCGAUAUUUCGGAUUUGUAUAACAAUGUUUAAAUUUGAAUAAACGAAUUUAUGCAAUUUGGAAAUUUUGGAGCAUUUGCUGGUGGGUGGGGGAUUUGAUGUUUGUUGAAGUACUAGCCAUUGGGCAUUUGACCAUCUAAACUGCCAACACACUGGGCAAUUUCACCAAAAUUUUUCAAACAAUUCAAAUCCCCAGGGGGAACGACGGAGGGGGCAUGGGUGGUUUUGGAAUUGAUUGGUACAUUACGUUAACAAACAAGACUGUCACAGAGCUGUUAUGUAUAACUUAAAGAUACUUUUUUCUGUUUGUUACAAUAAUACAUUCAUUUUGUGUAAAAGGAGGAAAUUUGGUUUUUGCUCUUUCCGCGUUUUUAAGAAACUUUUCAAUUUUUGCGGUGUUAAAAAUCUGGCAAGGUUUUGUCAUACUGUUUAAAAUGAAUAUCGGUUGUCAAACAAUGUUGUGCUAUUUUCUAACUGCAAACACUGAACCACGACACAUAUUUUAACAAUAAAUUUCUAACAAUUAAAAUUUGCAUUUUCAUGGUUAGGUGAUGAUUGUGUUUUUUUUUUGUACUGAGAUUUUGUGUUAACAUGUUUAUGACAUGUUUAUGAGGCCUUAUGUGCCACAAGGCACAAAGAGGAUAGGUGAAGGUGAGUGUUUAUGACAUUCAUUUGCAGCAACAAGAUCAUUACAAGGUCCUUGGACUUGAGAAACUUAGACACAAAGCCACAUUAGGAGACAUCAAGAAAGCAUGUAAGUUUGUCAUAUUAGGCUGCAGCAGUUUUAAUCAAAUUUUUAAUGUCUCACACACAUGUGGUCAUGCAAGAUUCUUUCCCAAGGAGCCUUGUGUGGUUACACAAAUGCAUGAAUGGAUGAAUUUUAACUGUGCGAUUACACUCAGGAUGUGGUGGUGUAAGAAAGAAAUUUUUCAGUUGAAUAGAACAUUGAAUUUUUUUUUGUCAUUAGAAGUUUUGUUCCCAAAGUUCACAUCAGCUUUUUUCUAUGCACCUUCAUUCCUUUUUCAAGUUAAGUUAAACUCUAUUAGCAAAUUGGCCUCCUCCCAUAGCUCAGUUGGUAGAUCACUGCAGCACUAAAUCAGAAACCAUGGGUUCAAAUCCUGUUGAAGUUCUGAAUUUUUCCUUUUUGAGGGGGAGGGGGUUAAUUUUCAAUAUUGCUGAAAUAACGCUUGCAGCUAUGAUGUUCAUAUCUUCGAUUUUAUUUAUCUUCAUGGCAGUGAAAUAUUUGAUUUCUCGGACCUUGCUGCUUUGAACAAAGUCUUGAGUUAGGCUUUCCUUUCUCUAACAGUGAUAUAAAAUCCUGUAAAUUAUGUUACUUUUUUAGUUAAAAAGAAAGUCCUGAAACAUCACCCAGACAAGAAGACAUCAAAUCCAGAUGCCAGUGAUUCAAAGAUUUCUGAACAGAGCCUCUUUGCAUGUAUAACCAUUGCAAAUGAUAUUUUAAGCAACAAAUCUAAGAGAAGAGCAUACGACAGUGUUGAUCCUUACUUUGAUGAUUCAGUUCCUUCAGUUAACUCCAACUCCAAGAGUAAUUUUAUUGAAGUAUUUGGUCCAGUCUUUGAUAGAAAUUCAAGGUAAGAUCACCCUGUAUCAUAGAUUAUAAAUCAUUAAUGCCAAUCAUAGAUCGUAAAUGCCGUGCAGAUAUUGUGCAAUCUGAGUAAAAUGUCUGUGGGGAAGGGAGGGGGAAUCUCUAUUUAUCUCUAUUUAUAAGCUGGUCGGCCUUUCAGAUAUAUCGACCACACCACAGGCAUACCAAUUAAAAAUAACUCGAUCAACAGGUAUGGCAACCCGAAUGCAACUCAAGGUUUUAUUUAGAAGGAAAUAACACAGCCGCCCGGACUUUUAGAAAGAAAAAGCAACAACAAAGUCGUGUCUUUUUCGGCGUUAUUUUUUAAGUUUACACUAACGUGGAUAACAGAGAAAGAGCUAGAGAGAGUUAUUGAAAACAAAGGAGACGAAUUUCGUGGGAAGAAAAACAUGGAAAUUCAAAUCGGCGGUGAGAAAAUGAGAAAUGCUAGCGACCUGCAAGGAGCAGCUAGCAAGAUGAAAAUGAGCGGCAGUGAAAAAUGAAAGCGAACAUGAACACAGGAAACAAAAUAUUGGGUAAGCACAUACGACAAUUCCUCCAUAAAAAUAAUUUGUAACUAGGACGUUUGACGUUUUAGUCGUACAAAACAGCGUUGUAGUCGUGCAAAACAACGAAAGACAAAAAAGCGUGCAGCACGUGCUUGCAAAUUUGUUUUUUGCUAAUUAGAAGAAAAAGUGUGCUGCACGUGUGCAAUUUAUUUUUUUGCUAAUUAGAUCUAUUAGACUUGAAGCCAUUUUCAUUGUCGUCCCCGUUUAGCAUUACACGAUUUAAUUUUGUUUGUUUACACUUAUUAUUGACCAGAGCUUCGCUUUUAGCUCUGGCUGAAUCUAUAUAUUACUGAAGUUUUUUUAUCUAACAACUCUGUCGUUAUUUUUAGAGCUCAAGUUGAGCUUACUGUUGCCCACAGAUGAAUUCUAAGAUUCCCUCUUAGAUUCUAUAAAUUGCAGUCUGUGAAAUUUUGUUUUACUGUAGGUGGUCGAAUCUUCAACCAGUGCCAUCAUUAGGAGAUAAUAAUUCUACUUUUGAAGAAGUUGAUAAUUUUUACACUUUUUGGUAAGCUUCUUUUCUUGUGUGCACUUUUAAUACAUGAUUUUUGCUGAUAUCCAGUGUAAUUGUUUCUUCUCGACAGACUUUCUUUGUACAGUACAAUUUGGUAUCACAUUUACUUUUGGACCGCAAAGUUUUUUGUAUUGCAAUUGUAAAGAAAAGUUCGUUUAAGAAGGGGGUGAAUUUUCGCUGUUUCUUUCUCGGGGAAGUUUAUUCUUGGGAAUCUUUGGAAAAUUCGCGAAAUUCACAAAAACCAGAUCCCGCAGUAUUUCUUGUCACAUUGUAACGCUUCUCUGUUAUAUUGUUGUAGGUAUAAUUUCGAUUCUUGGAGAGAAUUUUCUUAUCUUGACGAAGAGGAAAAAGAAAAAGGCGAAAAGUAAGUAUACUCACGAUUAUUUUUUUGAUUUUUGAUCUUAAACUUGCACCUCUUAACCUUUUUUUUGUUACUUUAUCACAGCCGUGAGGAAAGGAGAUGGAUUGAAAAACAAAACAAAGUCAUGCGACAAAAGAAGAAAAAAGAAGAAGUUACUCGCAUUAGGAAUUUAGUUGGUAUGUUUCUCUCAGUCAUGGCUUGCAAGCAAGCCCUUCAAUUUAUGGCGAGCGACGCGAGCAGCGAAGGAACGCGCAAGCGAGUGGUGAUAGCCUGCGUGGCAGGAAGGCGAAGGCGCGAGGCGCGGAGGAAAACGAUCCCACUCGCGUCUUCUUUCGCUUUCGGCUCUCGCGUGACUUCUGGCGACGACUCCCCCAAAUUUAGAGCUUGCUCGUAGGCUAUCUCAGACGUAGUUUUUACGUCGUUACUGAUUUUUUAUGUACAUACCGUUGGUUGUAGACAAUGCUUAUACUUGCGAUUCAAGAAUAAAAAAGUUCAAAGAAGACGAGAAGGAAAGAAAACUUGCGGAAAAGAAAGCUAAAGAAGAUGCAGCGCGGGCAGCUGCAGAAGAAAAAGAACGAGUGAGUAUUGACACACUAUCUGAGUGUCCAGCUUUUAUUCAUUUGCUCUCUAUGAGAGAAUUGAAGGCUCAUUUAGUUCGGUUAAUUUUACUAGGGAUCCCCGUUACAUCGGAUUCCGAAAUAUUUUCAAAAUAAGACUGUUCAAUUGAGGAAAUUAGAGCAUUUCGUACCUUGUGACCUUGCCUAUAGCCACAUGCGUUGAGCUUUCUUCUGAAGCACCUUUGCGGUAGUUUCUUGGUGUUGCAGAUGGGUGCAAUCACCUAAUGACGUAAUACGAAAGAUUGAAAAUACAGUAGAACCUCGAUAACUCGAACUCAUAUAACUCUAAUUCCCCGCAAUUUCCUUAGCCUUGAUCAAAAUUUCACUGAAAGUUACCCUGAUAACUCGAAUUCCCCGCUAACUCGAACUGUUUUUCGUUUCCCUUCAGAGUUCGAGUUACCGGGGUUCUACUGUACACUAACAAUACCCACACCACAACACAAAAGCGAAGCAACAAUGGUUUCCUCGACACCAAAAAACACAUAUUUUUGCAGAGGCACGAGAGAGGCGCCUUUAAGUAUGCCUUAGACAGAGAUAAUCCGGCACAAGUGACCUCCUUUCAUUGACAUUUAUCUGCACCAAGUCCCAUUCAUAUUGUAUUGUAAUCGCUGCAUCUCCUGACUAGCUUUGCUGGUGGCUAGCGGCGGGAGAUGUCAGCAGGGCGCCCCUCUUGCGCGCGCUCAAGACAAGCGAACUUUCUCGCGGGCUGCUCGAUAUAAUUUAACGGCUACGCUAUUACUCUUUCACUCCUAGCAAAGACUUGAAGCUCUUGAAAAUGAACGAAAACUUAAAGAAAAAGAAGAACAAGAAGCAAGAGAAAAGGUGAAGAAGACACCAAACCGAUUUUAAUCUUAUCUUUCAACACAUGGGCGAUUAAAACCGUUGCCUGAACCUCGACUUAGUUUAAACGGUUUGUACCGUUAUUUCUACGUACUUUAAGCGAGUGUAAACUUCUCUUUCCAGAACAGAAGUUCCGUUCACACCAAAGCUUCGAUGAUGUUUGUCUAUGCCAUAGCUGAUUUGAAAAUAUCCAGGAGGAAAUUAAAUAUUUGAGACGGACAUUAUUGCGGCAUCUCCGCUCGGUUUUCAAUUGGAAAUGGAAAAAAUAAAAACCAAGUGAUUAAGUAAUAUCGUCGCUUUUGUAUCAAUGUAGUUACUUGUGAUGUUGAUUGCUACUUUUCGACUUGUUGCAUGUCAUCUUGUUGUUUAGAUAAAGCAGGCUAGAAACGAUAUCCAAACGUCCGCUCAUGUUUAGAUUUUUAAAGGAACUUUAUUAGGGAUCACAAUUGUUAUGUUUUUAAAUUGUUUUAUAGGCGCAAGCAGCCAAAGUAGAAAAAACAAAGAUGAAGAACAUAAUGAAAAAAGAACGAAAAACCAUACGGACAGUAAUAAAGGUGUGUUACUUGCAUUCCCUUUGUUACGUGUACUAGUUGCGCUUGAUUGUCCAGUACCCUAGAAACAGAUGGAGUAGUUACAUUCUUCAGGAAAAGACCUUUAGUCAAGACAAAUCAGUCAGGAAUAGUGUGAAAAACUGAAAGGCUCGGAUUGAUUUUGUACAUAGGGGCAGUUGUUCCAAUGAAAUAUGCGGCAUUUACAGCAUUCUGCAUACAGUAUUAGGCCAUUUCAAAGGCCAAAAACGGCCAUUUAGAGUCAUUUAAGCCAGAUUGGGUGGAGCUAAACUGCUUAUUUUUAACUUUCUUUUGACAGAAUUAUGAUUAUUUUGUCGAAGACGAAGAGGCAAGAAUUCGUGAAAUGGAGGUGAUGGACCGGCUGCUCGAAGUAAUUUCUCUUGAAAAGUAAGAACCUCUUUUUUUCUGUAAGUAAGUCGUAAGUUUCAAAAUUACGCUGUUGGCCACGUGGAGUUUCUGGAGUAUCCAGACAAGGGAGAAUUUCAGUGUUGAUUGUGGGGAUAUAUGUGUUAAGGUACAAGUAUUAUAUAGCGUAAUGAGUAUUUUCUUUGUAUGGUCCAGUUUACAGACGUUCAGAGAAGGUCUUGAAACGGCUGGAUCGAAAGAGGAAGUUAAAGUAAUUUACGAAAAAGAGGUAGGGAACAACGCUGCCAUAACUUGUUUUCAACAGGUUUUGUAUCGUAAAUUCUAACCAAUUUGAAUGUAUGUUUUGAACAGUAGAUUAUUUCUGACUUACCCAACGCCUUCGCUUCCGUAUAUUGAAUAAUUAAUGAAUGAGGCUGAGUAUCUUAUGAAGAAUUAUGGAGAUCGAAGAGGGUGUACGGCCUCGACGGAUAACACCCUCCGAGAUCUUCAUAAUUCUUCAUAUGAUACGAAAGCCGAAUUCAUUAAUUGUUUUGUUAUUCAUUCAAAAUAAUUCUAGUUUAAAAACAUAGCUAAAACGUGCUUACCUCCAUCGAUGUUAAGUUCAUCUUCGAUAGCACACGUUUAGGGUUGUUCAGCUCCGCAAAUAUUCUCGAAAUAGCAGAUGUUACCCUUCGAGUUGUCUUCUUGCUGUUCUUGCCAUGUUUUUAGCGAUUAUUUUGCCUAGUUCUUACUCUUGAAACAAGUGAAAUGUCCGCCAUUUUUUGUUUCCUCAACCAAAACAACUCAACCUCGUGCCCAGGUCUUCUCGGCUAACGCUGCAUUAACGCUGCAUUUUUGACGUCAUUUCCUUGUUAAACACAAAAUUCUUCCAAAUUUGGUCAUCAGCAACUGGUUAUGGUGAAUUAUGCGUGUGCUUUUAGCCAAUCAGAAUCGGAUAUAUUUGGAAUGAAUAAUAAUUGCUUUUUAGAUGGAACAGAUGAGAGAGAGAAUGAGACAAGAAGCCAUAGCUGCGACGAAACAAACAACAAAGAAUAAAGAAGAAGGAGAAGAAAUGACUGAUGACUGGACUGAAGAGCAAACGCAGCUUCUUAUUAAAGCUGUUAACCUCUUUCCUGCUGGUACUGCUUCCAGGUAAACCUCGACGUGAUAUAAUUUCUCAGCGUUCCGGAACGUAUUUGUGGGGCUCAGUUUUCGCUCCUUCCCGGAUCUUGAAAUAACUGAGGAGCAAGGUAUCAGUGUGACCCGGAGGAGGACCACGGAGAAAUGUUGGUCUUGUGCAUGUAUUACUGAAGAGGUUUCAUUUGAAUGGUAACACCAUAGGAUUUCAUCCACAGACGCAAAAGUGAGAACUACAUACUAAAUAAAUAGUACCAUGUGGAAGUACCACUGAAGAGGUUUCAUUUGAAUGGUAACACCAUAGGAUUUCAUCCACAGACGCAAAAGUGAGAACUACAUACUAAAUAAAUAGUACCAUGUGGAAGUACUACUGAAGAGGUUUCAUUUGAAUGGUAACACCAUAGGAUUUCAUCCACAGACGCAAAAGUGAGAACUACAUACUAAAUAAAUAGUACCAUGUGGAAGUACCACUGAAGAGGUUUCAUUUGAAUGGUAACACCAUAGGAUUUCAUCCAGACUCAAAAGUGAGAACUACAUACUAAAGAAAUAGUACCAUGUGAAAGUACUGCGGAAGAGUUUUCAAUUAAAUGGUAGCACAAUAGGAUUUCAUCCACAGACUCAAAAGUUAGAGCUGCAUACUAAAUAAAUAGCACCAUGUGAAAGUACUGCUGAAAAGAUUUUAUUUAAAUUUCUCACACCAUAGGAUCUCAUCCACAGACGCAAGAGUUAGAACUACAUACUAAAUAAAUAGCACCAUGUAUAAUACUGCUGCUGAGGUUUUACUCGCGAACACCAUAAAAUUUCAUCCACAGACUCAAAAAGUUGGAACUGCGUUUAUUCAUGUCUUCAUGACUGAUGCUGGAAGUUUAAGGGUUAAUGGUACAUAUUUUGGUUUUGUUUUUAGAUGGAAGGUGAUUGCUGAUUACGUCAAUAUGCAUUCAAAGACUGGCACCGAACGAGACUCGAAGCACGUUAUAAAAAAAGUCAAGAACUUGAAGAAACUAGGUUUGCGCCAUGCAUGUUUUAUUCUGUUUCCAUGUAAGCUGUCAGGUUUCAACUUGGUUCCAGCCAGGCUUCUCUCCUACUCGUCCUUACGGAGUGACGGGUAAGAGAGAACCCUGGGAACGAGGUUGGUCAGAUGCAUGCAUCUGUGUGCCGCGCAACAGUAAACAGGCAACUUGUGCUAAGGGCAAAAGUAAUCCGAACAAACAAACGAACGAAUACGAUCAGGUAGGCGGUAGCAAGGACCAGCGGGCAUCUACAUAAGUGCGUGCGCUUAAAACACUGCAGAAACGACCAACUUUUCAGUUAUAAAAGUCAGGUGUAAGAGAUUAUCGUUUAUACGUAAAUCAGUAUGUGUUUUUUCUUUGAUGGUCAAAGUAAGCCAUGGUCCCUUGGAGUUGAUUGACAGAUCAUUUUGUACAAUUUGCAACUCAUAACAUUUAGGUCAACUUUGGGAUCUGAUCAGAUUUCUAAUGACGAAAUUUUAUUAUCAACAGAUCCGUCUCAAAAACAGGAGGUUAACCGAAAAGCUUUUGCAAAGUUCGAUAAAGAUCACAGCGGGAGCAGAACAGCAACAGCCGCGGCAGAAUCUGAUCCAACUGUUAGAUAUAAUGGUAAGGUCACGAGGAUCAUUGUAGAUUUCUGGGAAACUGCCCACCUACCCCUCCCCUAAGCGAACAUUUUGCCCUAAGUGAGAAGUAAGUGUUAAUGUUGGCUUAGGGAAGGGGUAGGUGGGUAGUUUCCCAGAAACUUAUAAUGAUCCGGUCAUGAAAGUAUCCUGUACUUGGGAAUCAAACGAUCGUUUUAUCAUUCAAAGUUAAAGCUCAACGUUAAUUUUUCAUGGACUGUCUCAACUCUUUUCAAGUCUAUUGCGCUCAAAACGAGGCGAAGACAGUGGAUAUGAUUAUGUGAACCUUGGCUCGUAUAUGUAGGUUGCGUAUGUUGCCUCCUGGCUUUCCCCACCCACCCUUUCCCGACUAAAUACAUCGUCUAUUUGAGAAGGGAUGUGUAAGGGAGCGGUCUAAAAACUUCAAAUUAAUCGUGGAUGUGAAGAGUAAGUUUUUGCCUGAAUCUAGUUUGAAAUUUUAUCGUCUUUAAAAAUUGUCUUUUGUCUUCGUUAGGAAACAACGCUGCGGAAGGUACCCAACAGACAACUGAUAAACCUUGGACUUCAGAAGAACAAAGGGUAAGAAAUGACUGUAUCAAUUUGAGUUUAGAUGAGUGACACAUAAUUCUCCUCAGUCUAACUUUUUCUCUUUCUUUUUCCACAUUUAGCUUCUAGAGAACGCUUUACGCUCAUAUCCUACCAAUACAGCGGAGAGAUGGGAGCGGAUCGCUGAAUCUGUACCGGGACGAACGAAAAAAGAGUGCAUGAAAAGAUACAAGGUUAGUCAAGGCUUUCGUGAGGUUUCCGAUUUAUUUUGAAAGCAAUUUACUUCAAUUUUGGAUUACUGAAGUUAUUUGCAUUUGAAGUUGGACCAGAAAUAGGUAAACGAACUUGCCUUUUAUGCAUCUUGCGUUUUUGCGCACGUUAUUCAUUCUUUUUGCUCAUUUAUUCGUAGGAGUUAGUUGAGAUGGUGAAAGCCAAGAAAGCUGCACAAAGCAAAGGAAAAGUCGCCUGACAAACACAAAAGAAAACUCUUCUUUCGUGCCUCCUUUAUCUUGGACACGCCGCCCUCGACGCUUAAAUUCUCUAUGCGCUCUACUGGUAUUUGACAGCAAGUGUUCUCAUUUUAUAAAGUUUGCUGCAACGAGCACUGAGUGCGGU